AGAGAACGGUCUCGAAAUUCAAAACAUUCACACGAGGUUCGAAUGCUUCACGAGAAGAGCGAAACAGAUGCGGUGUCAUCAACACCGGCCGAAAUGCAUUCAGAAACCGAUUCGAAAAGGAAGCUCAGUGAGUCUGGAGGGGAUGACGAGAUGGAAACGGAAGUUCAGCUCCCUCAGAAGCGAUACUACCGACAAAGAGCGCAUUCGAAUCCCAUAGCCGACCACUGUUUCGACUAUCCGUGCACUCCGAAUGACAUGGAUUGGACAUCUCUCCUUGAGGGGUUCUCGGACCUUUCGAGAGUCGAAUUCGCAGACAUCGGUUGUGGUUACGGCGGCCUCCUCGUCGAGCUUUCCCCCAUGUUCCCUGAAACCUUCAUGGUGGGGAUGGAAAUUCGCGUGAAAGUCUCCGACUACGUCAUGGAUCGCAUUCAGGCUCUUCGGAAACUUCAUCCUGGCCGAUACGGCAACAUCUGCUGCAUUCGCACAAACGCCAUGAAGUAUUUGCCGAAUUACUUCCGGAAAGGUCAGCUGAAGAAGAUGUUCUUCCUUUUCCCGGAUCCCCAUUUCAAGAAAACGAAGCACAAGUGGCGCAUCAUCAGCCAUCAGCUGCUGGGAGAAUACGCAUAUGUUUUGGCCGAGGGAGGCCUCAUCUACACCAUAACCGACGUGGCCGACCUAAAUGAGUGGAUGGUUUCCCACAUAACAGCACAUCCGCUUUUCGAGAGGAUAUCGGAUGACGAACUCGUACAAAAGCGAUCCGGUUGUGGAGAAACUAUCCGAUAGCUCCGAA